AUGCGAGAGAUUAGGCGAAGCAUUGGGGGAUGGGAGCGUCCACCUACGGCUGCGAGUUGCACCAUUGAGAAGUUCACCCGUAUGCAUCCUCCGAUGUUUACUAGAGAAUUCAACCCAAUUGUGGCGGAGAACUGGGUGCAGAAGAUAGAAAAGAUACUAAAAGUUCUAUACUACACCGAUGAGCGGAAAGUUCUCUAUGCUACGUUUCAGCUGGCAGGAGAGGCUAAGAGAUGGUGGACGGCGAGAUACCCAGCUAGAUAUAUUAAGCUAUCUCGUUUUGCGUUAUGUCUGAUAUUGAACGAGUACGAGAAGACUCGGAGGUUCAAGAAGGGUCUAAGCAAGGAUAUUCGUAGGCUGGUGGGAAUGCUGCAAAUUCGGGAGUUCCCUGUUCUAGUGGAUAAAGCCGUAGUGGUUGAGGCUAGUCUCCAGAAGGAUGAGGUGGUGCAGGAACAGAAGAAGAGGCCAGCGCCUUCUGGUUCUUAG